AAAUGAACACCCGAUAUUGACAAUGUCAGGGUGAUUUCAUUUUCAGUUCAAAGUAACUUAGUUUAGUAAUGGCUAAUGCUACCUAUCCGUUCUUAUGAAGUGAAUAUUAGCUGCAAAGACAAGUAGAUUUCUUACCUUGGAGGCUGCUGCGAAUUCUUGACUGGCUACAUGAUGCUGCGGACCGUGGUGCAACGUUGUGCGUCUGUAGUGCCACCCAAUAGAACUUAUGCACUAUGUUCUGCAGCAGCACCAGUCAGUAGUCUGCCAGCACGGGCCCCAGCAAGCCAACCAUUGGUGGUUAGCAACACUGUCAAUAUUCAGCAUCGCUUCAUGACAAUCAAUCAGAAGCUGAAAUUCAAAGACCCUCUCAAACAGCCGAAGAUGCGUGACGAGGAUAAGAAAAAGCCGCAGUAUAAGGGUGUGGUGAUCAAGCCACUCAUCAUCAACCCAAAGAAGCCGAACUCUGGAAACCGAAAAGCAGUGCGUGUACGUCUGCCAGCUAUCAACAAGGAGGUGAUUGCGUACAUUCCGGGCAUUGGUCACUCCCUGGCUGAACAUCAAAUUGUUCUAGUACAGCAUGGGAAAGUCCCAGACUGUCCUGGUAUCCGGUUUAUCUGUAUCCGUGGCAAGCAUGACCUAAAACAUGUUGAGAAGAAGAAGUAAUGAUGAACCACACAACACAACCACUACUGCUACUGCUACUGAUGCUGUUGUUGCAGAGAAUAAAACUGUGCUUAUCUCUGCUGAUAAUUCCCAAUCAUUUGCCAUUGCGCUAGUCAUAGAAUUCAAUAUUUUACAAGCAUUUUAAAAAUAUUCGUCAGUUUGACGCAAAAUAUCCAGUAAAAAAAUGUGUAACUCCCGUGA